CUUCAAGAACAUGUUGAUGAAAUAUGCUGUGCUUGCCUCAGUAAUGACUUCCCCAGGGUUGGAAAGUGUUGGACACACCGCUUCACUGAAAAGCACUCCAAACACUUGAAAACAUCAUGGUCAGCUCUGCUUGACUCAAAACAUGGUUGCACAGUCAAUGAGAACACAAACAAGGCAUGGUUUGAUCUCUUGGAGGGUGUUCUG